GCUCUAAACUUCUCUUUAUGGCGUUUCAACAUGUCAGCCUCUAACCCGAGGAACGAGAGCAACUAUGGGAUCUAUUUCGCAGAAGCCUUCAAUGGAUCUAUCCUUAUGUACCCAAACGACAGCAUCUCGACGUGCAGGAACUUCACCCUGGACUCCCGGGCGGUCGGGGUGGGGAUCUUCCUCUCCGCUUUUAUCUUGGUGGCAAUCCUCGGGAACAUUUUGGUCAUCCUCUCUGUGGUGUGCAACAAACACCUGCAGACCGUCACCAACUUCUUCAUCGUGAACUUGGCCAUGGCGGACCUGCUGCUCAGCAUCAUCGUGCUGCCCUUCUCCGCGUCCCUGGAGGUGCUGGGCUGCUGGGUGUUCGGCCGGGUGUUCUGCAACAUCUGGGCAGCGGUGGAUGUGCUCUGCUGCACCGCGUCCAUCCUCAGCCUGUGCGUCAUCUCCAUAGACCGGUACAUCGGGGUGAAGCACUGCCUCAAGUACCCGAGCAUCAUGACCGAGAGGAGGGCCGUGGCCGUCCUCGUCCUGCUGUGGGUGUCCUCCACCGUCAUCUCCGUGGGGCCGCUCCUGGGCUGGAAGGAGCCGCCGCCGCUGGACGACAGCAUCUGCGUGAUCACGGAGGAGCCCGGCUACGCGCUCUUCUCCUCGCUCUUCUCCUUCUACCUGCCGCUCCUGGUCAUCCUCGUCAUGUACUUCAGGGUGUACGUGGUGGCCCGCAGGACCACCAGGAGCCUGGAGGCGGGCGUCAAGCGGGAGAGGAACAAGUCCAUGGAGGUGGUGCUGCGCAUCCACUGCCGCAGCGCGCUGGAGGACGCGCGGGCUUCCAGCUCCAAGUACAGCAAGAACCACCCGUUCAGAAGUUCGCUGUCGGUGCGGCUGAUGAAGUUCUCCCGGGAGAAGAAAGCGGCCAAAACGCUCGCCAUCGUCGUGGGGAUGUUUAUCCUCUGCUGGCUGCCUUUCUUCUUCUUUCUGCCCAUGGGUUCCUUCUUCCCAGCACUGAAGCCCUCUGAGACUGUGUUCAAGGUGAUCUUUUGGCUGGGCUACUUCAACAGCUGCAUCAACCCCAUGAUCUAUCCCUGCUCCAGCAAAGAGUUCAAGAGGGCUUUCAUCCGCCUGCUCAGGUGCCAGUGUCACCAAAGACGGAGGGUCCUGCGACGCUUCUAUGACCAGCGUUGGCGAACAGCUGUCAGGGGAAUGUCGAGGGACCAGGGAGCGGACUAUAAGCCCGGCUACACCGUGCACGAACCCUGCGGGAGCUCUUUGUUGCGCAGGGGGAAAGGGCGCUCGCUAGAUAUCAAGAGAUGGAGUCUGUUUCCACCACUGCAAAAGUCCUCCUUCCAGCUCAAAGAGAAAGUGAACAAUCUGUCAAAUAAAAUCAAGGGAGGGGCAGGAAAAGGUACCACACCUGCGGUGGGCCGGAUUGACAUAGUGGACACAGUCUCUAUGGGGAUUUACAACUCCUGUGAGCAGAGCAGUUAUCAGUUCUAUGAUCUGGCAGAUUGCUACGGCCUGAAGGAGACUGACAUUUAGAGAGUGCCCUGAGAAUCUUUUUAUUUAUUGUUCAGAGGACCAUAUUGGACCAACAUGCAAGAAAGACUAAAAAUCUGAGAAUCAAAUGGUGAUAAUGUAACAGGCUGAGAAUAAUGGCUUUAACCCAGCACAAACACUAGACUAAAACUUUAUUUCAAACACUCAUGACCAUCAUGUUUAUUGAGAUGAUAAUUGAAGUGGACGCAAAAGUAAUAAACUCCCUGGACUUUAUUUUACCGCCCAUAAUUAACAGGUGAGACAUUUAACAUUAGCCAGUGUCAUUACUACUGUUAUACACGUAUUUCUUAACUUUGUGAAGGUCUCCAUGUAUUCAAGUAAAAGCCAGUGAACAAAGAAGUGCAAUUUUUUUUAUUGUUGAAUGAGUUAUGAAACAUUCCAGUUCUGACAAGGCAUUGUAAAGGUAAAAGGUCAGUUAAGAUGCUGCACAGUAUUUAUUUCAACAGGGGGAUUUACAAGUUGACUUGGUAUUGAUAUGUACACUUGUUUGAGUAAAACACC